AUGAAGAACAGAACAAGAAUAUUAAAAGACAGUAACAUACAAACAUUCAAUACAUGUUUUGAUAAUAUAAAUUUAAACUGUGCUUCUCUAAAAAAUAAAAACUUGAAAAAUGGACCUUCAUUUUCAUUUUUCUAUGAAUAUGCUCACGAUAGAUCAAUUUUAUCCCUUUCACUAGAUGAAAGUGGAACAUAUAUGGCUACAGCUAGCGCAGAUCAUUCCAUACGCAUACACAACUUAAAAAGUUUAUCAACUAUUAAAGAAUUAUAUCAUAAAAAAUGUGGUCAUUAUGAUUGGGUUAGUGAAGUAUUUUUUACCAAAAGAAAUGAAGUUCUUUCAGGAGGACUGGAUGGAAAAUUGUGUCUAUGGAAUACUAUAUAUUGUUGUAAAAUUCAGAAAAUAAAUAAAAUGAUGAACUGUUCAGAAUAUUUAGAACAGAGAAAAAAAGUGAAAGAAGUAAAAUUUAAAGCAUCCAAUAAUGUAAUAACUUGUAAAGAAAUGUGUGCACAUCAUUCUACAAUUAGUGAUAUGAAAUUUGAUAAACAAAAUGAUAAAUGUAUUACUAGUAGUUAUGAUAAGACAUUAAAACUUUUUGAUAUCCGUAAAUUUCGUGAACUAUGUAUAUAUAAAGGUAAUCAUACUUGUCCAAUUACAAAAUUUUUGUGGUUACAAAACAAAAUAAUAUCAGCAGAUAAAAAUGGAUGUCUAUGUGUAUUUGAUGUUGAAACAUCUCAAGAAAUACUUAAUGCUAAAAAUACACAUACUGGAAAUAUAGGAGCUUUAAAUUAUUUUUAUUUGUAUAAUAAAACUGAAAAAAAGAUGAUAAAUAAUAACCCAAAUGUGGAUCAUGAAAAACGAAUAGAUAAAUCUUUACCCUUUUCAAGUAUAUCAUCAAAUGAUAUUAAAAAAAAUUAUUCUUUAAAAAAUAAAAAUAAUAACAAUAGGGAUAAGAAUAAUCAGCAUAAUAAAAGGGAGGAUGUUAAUUACGAUGUUAUUUAUGAUGACAAUUGUGAUGAUAAUAUUGUUAAAAAAAAUAGUAAUAGAAAUAUUAAUUUAAUUAGAUCAGAUAAUUUAUUUGGACAACAUGAUAAUUAUUUAAAUUUAAAUAAUGAAAAGAUACCCUUAAUAAUUACAGGUGGUCAAAAUGACGGAAUAUUGAAAGUAAGAGAUUUUCGUAUAUUUCAUAAAUAUGUCAGCUACAAAAAAAUACACACAGCUAGCAUUAAUAGCAUUAUAACUUAUAAUUUAAACAAUAAAACAUAUAUUAUUUCUUGUUCAGCAGAUGGUUAUUGUUAUCAAUUUGAAAUACAAAGUAUAUGUUCAUCAAAUUUGAAUAAUUAUUUAAAAAAGAUAUGUGUAAAUGAACCUAUUUUAUCAGCACGAUAUGUUGGAAAUCAUUUUAUUUUGGUUGGCUCAUCUUUUGGAAAUUUAUUUUUAUUAGAUUUUUCUGAUUGUUCAGAAAAUACAUUAACAAAACAACCUAAAAAUAUAGCUUCAAUCAAUGAAAUUAAUACAAAUUCAAUUAAUCUUUCUGAUAAAUUUAAUAAUCCAUUAAAUGAAAAAAAAAGUACAAACAAUGAUAUCUUAUGGGCUUUCGGGGCUUGCAAAAAAGGAGGAAUUAAUUGUAUUGAUUGUAUAUUUGUUUAUGAUUCAAAAAAUAAAAAUACAACUGAAUUUGAAAUGUAUAAUAUUAUAACAGCAGGAGAUGAUGGUAUUCCAUGUUUCUUAUAUAUACCCAAUUCUUAUAUUUAA